AUGGCGGUAUCACUCCUUUCGAUGGCUAUCCUGGCGAUAGCCGUCACUCCCAUCAGCGCCUGCAACUUUCAUACACGACGAUCCAGGUCGUUCUCUAAUCCCCACACUGGUACUGUCUACAAGCGGGCCGAAGAGGCCAUCGACUUCGAAUACGUCAACUCGUUCGACUGGCACACGAUUAAAGAAGAAUACCAACUCUGCCAUUCUGGCACCAGUCAAUCUCCCAUCAACGUCCUCUCCUCGCAAGGCCUUGCCACCACCCACCCCCCGUCCUUCGCGGGCUAUGCAGCACACGGACCCACGACCGGUACUUUCAACAACUGGGGCUUCGGCCCUGCUUACACCAUCGACCAUGAGGAAGGCGCCGACUUCUCUACCCUUCCAGCGCUGAGCUUCGACAAUCAGACCGUCUUUCUUACCGGCUGGCAUAUCCAUUUCCCAUCCGAACACCUGGUGGAUGGCGUCCGCUCCCGCGCCGAGAUGCAUCUGGUGCACACGAACGCGGCCGGCGAUGCUGCCGCCGUAGUAGGAGUGCGCAUCGAGCCUUCCACAACAACAAGCAGCGCUUUCUUCGACCAAUUGCCCACGUUGAUCCACUUCAACGAUACCGCGGAAACAGCAGGAGUGCACAUGGAUCAUAUGCUCGCGAUUGAGGAGGUCGGUCAGGUGCAGGAGUAUUGGACUUACGCAGGCAGUCUCACGACGCCUCCGUGCAGCGAAGGUCUCCGGUGGUUCUUGCCCCAACGGACGCUCAAGGUCAGCACCGAGCAGAUGGUGGCCAUGCUGGAGGUGAGCCGGUUCAGUCACCGGAUUGAGCAGGUGGUGUGGAACCAGGCCAUCAAUGUAUGA